AUGCCAGCUCUUGCCACACAGCCGCUGAUUGAGACUACGCCGCCGCUCAAGGUGUGGAACUCGCUGGUGAAGAAAUGUCUUCCGCACGCGGAGAACAAAGAUGUCCAGUUCUGGUGGAACCUCACUGGAUAUCAUCUCGCAGUGAUGAUCGAUGCGGCUGGAUACUCGAUUGAGAAGCAAUACGAGGUGCUUCUCUUCCACUAUCACUGGAUUGUACCCCGAUUGGGACCGGUACCAAAGCCUGAUGGGACGCCCGUGUUCAAGUCUUUAAUUGCCUAUGAUGGCUCGCCUCUAGAGUACUCCUGGAAGUGGAACACCACAACCGGCGAGCCGGAUAUCCGCUACUCGUGGGAGGCAAUCGGCAAGGACUCGGGCACGGCAUCCGAUCCACUAAAUCAUGAUCCAUCACUGGACUAUAUGGACAAGGUGACCCAGGUCCUUCCUGCAACGGAUUACUCAUGGUUUCGUUACUUCCUGGCGGAAAUUUACCGUCCCGACAGAGAGUUUUAUGCCAAGGAGCUGGAAGCCGGCGAGCCACCCGCCACCACUCUGAUGCACGCCGUCGAGUACAACAAAAAGGCCAGCUUCGGACUCAAGUCGUACUUCCUGGCGAGAAAGCUGUUCAUGGGAGGCGAUCCUGCCACCCUGCAGGAAUGGGACGAUGCAAUCGUCAAGCUGAACCCCGGCCAAGGUCAUCCAGGCAGAGAUGCCCUAAUGCACUUCCUAACCACCAGCUCCGAGGGCAAGCUGAUGAAGCCUAAUGUCAUGGGCAUGGAUAACGUGGAACCAUCAAAGUCCCGCCUGAAGAUGUACUUCACGUCCGCCCAUACCAGCUUCAAGUCGGUCCGCAAAAUCAUGACAAUGGGCGGAAUUUGCCACAUCGCCGAGGAGAGCCUGCAAGACUUGCGUUCCAUGAUCCUCGCCGUCUUGGGCCUACCGGCGGAUUUCCCCGAGGAGCAGGAGAUUUCUGUCGAGGCAACCAGCGGUGGUAGCACGUGGAAGGAUUUCGAGGCUUUGUGCGAGGGGUUUAUCUACUUCUUUGAUAUUGCCCCUUCAAGCGGCAGGCCUGAGGUCAAGUUUUACUUGACCACUCGCAAGUACGGUGCGGAUGACCUCACCAUUGCUCGUAAUUUGAUGGCCUGGAUGCACGCACAUGGCCGUGGCACGUAUUGCGAUGCGUACCUUGGCAUGCUUGAGAAACUUGCCGAGCACAGGGGGCUGGCGAACGGCAAGGGAAUGCAUGUCUACAUUAGCUACCAGUGUUCUCAGAAGGGAGAGCCGGACAUUAAGUCAUACAUCUCUCCUGAGCUGUACCACAAGGAUCGAUAUGCGAGCAUCUAA